GCUUCUUCUUCCUCCUCACUCUGACGGGGACAACACCCUUUCAUCGCCACCACCCCACCGCCAUCUCAGUCCACCCCUCGCCGCUGUUUCAGUCCUCCGUCUUCGAGACCGAGCUUAGCCAGCGAACUUGGGUCUUGAAUCCCCAAGAAGAAAAAAGGGGACUCUCGCGCUUUCUCUCCACUUCAACGAUCUGCGUUCACGCCCACGUCGACUAGGAGGUCGAGGCCCUCCGCCGCGUCGACGGACCACGCCGCUACCUCCGCCUCCACCUCGUUCGUUGCCUGAGCCGACCCUGGUCUUCAAGGUCGAGCUGAGCAUCACAACUCCUGUGCUCGUUCGACCUUAUGUCUAGAAUCUGAGGCCCAAGUUCGCUGGCCGAGCCCGAUCUUGACGACGAAGGACUGAAACGGCGGUGAGUGCAGUUUUCUAUUCGUUAUUUGAUUCUGGCGCACGGCAGCGAUUAUCACUUCCACCGCUUCUUUCUGAGCUGAGCGCUGAGAAUGAAGAUUUUAACCUGCCCGCCCGGCUUCGCACAGCGCUUUGAGUUUGCAAGCGGUAUCCAGAUCUUCUAGAAACUUAGAACAUCCAACAUGGAAAGCUUUGGAAGACAUAAAGAUCAUCCUCAACCACUCACACGCACGUUGGUUCUACUAGUCUUGAUGAUCUCUCUGCUCAAGCCCUCUUCAGAUUUUGCGAUCCCCAGGCCCUUAGUCAUUCAGGGGAAUGCUUCUGAGCGGCCUUCUUACCUCAGCCCAAGCCAGCCGAACGGAACACUCAACGGCAUCAGUGGCCAAGCUACGUAUUCCGGCAAAGUGCAUUUUUGGGACAAGGCUACGGGGAAUGUGGUGGAUUGUGCUACCCAGUAUACGGCCAGCACCGACUCUCAACGGGGAAACCCUUUUGGGGACGCACACGCCUUAUCUGUUGAUCCUCAUGGUGUUAUAGCCGUGUAUUUCGGGGAAGAGCAUUUUGGGGACAAGGCCUUCUCCGUGCCUGUGCAGCGUUUCCCUGGCAAGCGUACCAACCUUCAACAGGUAAAGGCCAACCGUCAACAGGUAAACACUUUCAUCAACGACGUUGUUGCCUUCUUUCUAGCUUCUCAGGGUUGUCUAGCUCGUCCCAACAGCGAUUGUGCUGCGGUCAACGUUGACCAUUUCAAGAAUGCGUUGGAUGCGGACGUUCCACGUGGCCUCAGGUCCAUGGGCAUUGUGCAAGGGACGAUCAGCAAAGUCAUGAAUGAUGGGUCAAAUGCUAGUAUAAUGUACAACCCAAGGGCGAAAUAUUUGAGCGUGGUCUGGAAGGAUGCUGGUGGGAAUACUAGGGACAAAGUCCAUCGUCACUCCUGCGCAUGCGGCUCAAGUGAGUAUUUGCCAGACGCGGUGGGUGUUUGUCUCCUAGCAGCUCCCCCUGAAUCUGCACUCGAGCAUCGCCUUGGCCAGAUACAGCAGUCAAGCUCAAGUGAGUAUUUGCCAGACGCGGUGGGUGUUUGUCUCCUAGCAGCUCCCCCUGAAUCUGCACUUGAGCAUCGCUUUGGCCAGAUACAGCAAUUAAGCUCAAGUGAGUAUUUGCCAGACGCGGUGGGUGUUUGUCUCCUAGCAGGUCCCCUUGAAUUUGCACUUGAGCAUCGCUUUGGCCAGAUACAGCAAUUCAGCUCAAGUGAGUAUUCGCCAGACGCGGUGGGUGUUUGUCUCCCAGCAGGCUCCCUUGAAUUUGCACUUGAGCAUCGCUUUGGCCAGAUACAGCAAUUCAACACAAGUGGGUAUUUCCACCUAGGUUUGGUUGAUACUGUACUUGAGCAUCGCUUUGGCGAGAAACGGCAAUUUAGCUCCAGUUUACAGCUCCGGGUGGAGAAGGAUACUGAAUCUUGGUUGAAGUCGCUACUGGGCGGUGCCAUUGUAUUGGUGGCGAUCAUCGUUGCUUGGGUAAAGUAUAAGACAGAGAGAGGUGGAGAAGAAGGCAGCCUUAGCGCGAAAUUAACAGAAGAGUUUGAAAAGUUGAGUGGAACCAAGGAGUUUUCCUUUAAAGAGUUGAUGAUCGCGACCAAUUCUUUUGCACGUGACAGGAUUCUGGGAGAAGGGGGUUCCGGGAUCGUGUACAAAGGGCACAUGGGAGGCGCUCGCACCGUGGUCGCUGUAAAGAAAAUAAAAUCUGGCUCACGCCAAGGGAUAAAGGAGUAUGUAUCUGAGGUGAAGUCACUAAGUCAACUUAGGCAUAGAAACUUGGUGCAACUUAUAGGUUAUUGUCACAAGGCGAACGAAUUCAUCCUAGUUUACGAAUUUAUGAGAGGAGGCAGCUUGGAGGAUCAUCUGUUUAAAGGUAGACCCUCGUUGACAUGGGAAAGAAGGUACAGCAUCACUCUAGGAUUAGCCUCGGCGGUGUACUACCUACACAAACAAUGUAAUCAAUGCGUGAUCCACAGGGAUAUCAAAUCCAGCAAUAUCAUGCUCGAUGAAAGGUUAGAGGCCAAACUGGGAGAUUUUGGCUUGGCCAGGCUAGUUGACCAUGCUGGUGGGCUAAAAGCAACUGACGUGGUGGGAACACCGGGUUAUGUGGCUCCGGAAUAUCAUCAGACGGGUGAGGCAAGUAAGGAAUCUGAUAUCUAUAGCUUCGGAGUCGUCCUUUUGGAAAUUGUUUGUGGGAGAAGAGUCAUUGAAGACCAAUGCCACAUUGUGGUGUGGGUUCGAGAGCAAUAUGGGCGGGGGAAGUUGCCCGUGGACUUGAAGCUCGGUAAAAAUUUCAACAAGAAACAGGCGAAGGCCUUGAUGAUUGUGACGACCCGCUCCCAAGGGGGGGAGAGUGUGACGACCUGAGCGGCGGUGCGUGGGGAGGAGGGAUGGCGGUGCGUCCGCGCCUCCGGUCCUCGGACGCGUGCAAGGGAAGGGGAAGGGAUUCCUCUCCCUCUUGUCCCACAUCGCUUAGGGACGGGUUCUUGGGAGCCUUUAUAAGGCUUGGGUUCCUUUAAUUGUGUGACGCGUUUUAAAACCGUGA